GGAGCGCGCGGGCAGCGAGAGGCGAGCCGAGAGUGGAGGAGGCGGCGGCGGCGGGAGCGCUCCCCAGGAAUGUCGCUGCCGCCGCCACCGCCGGGGCCGCUGCCGUUGAGGAGGCGACGGAGGAGACCGGCGUUGUUAGGAAGAUGAUCCAUAUGAUCUCCAAGACCUUUCUUUGGCGAUGAAGGAACUACAAAGAACCAAAUAUAAUUCUGAAAUUCAGGAUCUGUAUUUUGAAAUGGUUUUAUUUUCAGAAUGAAAAGUCUAUAUGGUUGCCUUUUUGAAUGUAGAGACAUGAGAAAAGAGUUAUGAUGGCAAAAAACAAAGAGCCUCGUCCCCCAUCCUAUACCGUCAGUGUGGUUGGACUCUCGGGGACUGAAAAAGACAAAGGUAACUGUGGAGUUGGAAAAUCUUGUCUGUGCAAUAGAUUUGUACGCUCCAAAGCAGAUGAAUAUUAUCCAGAGCAUACUUCCGUGCUUAGCACCAUUGACUUUGGAGGCCGCGUAGUAAACAAUGAUCACUUUUUGUAUUGGGGUGACAUAACACAAAAUGGUGAAGAUGGAGUAGAAUGCAAAAUCCAUGUCAUUGAACAAACAGAGUUCAUUGAUGACCAGACUUUCUUGCCUCAUCGAAGUACAAAUUUACAACCAUAUAUAAAACGUGCAGCUGCCUCUAAAUUGCAGUCAGCAGAAAAACUAAUGUACAUUUGCACCGAUCAGCUGGGUUUGGAGCAAGACUUUGAACAGAAACAAAUGCCUGAAGGGAAGCUCAAUGUAGAUGGAUUUUUAUUGUGUAUUGAUGUAAGUCAAGGAUGUAAUAGGAAGUUUGAUGAUCAACUUAAAUUUGUGAAUAACCUUUUUGUCCAGCUUUCAAAAUCCAAAAAGCCUGUGAUAAUAGCAGCAACUAAAUGUGAUGAAUGUGUGGAUCAUUAUCUUAGAGAAGUUCAAGCGUUUGCUUCAAAUAAAAAGAACCUCCUUGUAGUGGAAACAUCAGCACGGUUUAAUGUCAACAUUGAGACAUGUUUCACUGCAUUGGUACAAAUGUUGGAUAAAACUCGUGGCAAACCUAAAAUUAUUCCCUAUCUGGAUGCUUAUAAAACACAGAGACAACUUGUUGUCACAGCAACAGAUAAGUUUGAAAAACUUGUACAGACUGUGAGAGAUUAUCAUGCAACUUGGAAAACUGUUAGUAAUAAAUUAAAAAAUCAUCCUGAUUAUGAAGAAUAUAUCAACUUAGAGGGAACAAGAAAGGCCAGAAAUACAUUCUCAAAGCAUAUAGAACAACUCAAGCAGGAACAUAUAAGAAAAAGGAGAGACGAAUAUAUAAGUACCUUGCCAAGGGCUUUUAAUACUCUCUUGCCUGAUCUAGAAGAGAUUGAGCAUUUGAAUUGGUUGGAAGCUUUGAAGUUAAUGGAAAAGAGAGCUGAUUUCCAGUUAUGCUUCGUGGUGCUAGAAAAAACACCUUGGGAUGAAACUGACCAUAUAGACAAAAUUAAUGAUAGACGGAUCCCAUUCGACCUCCUGAAAACUUUAGAAGCAGAAAAGGUCUAUCAGAACCAUGUACAACAUCUGAUAUCAGAGAAAAGAAGAAUAGAAAUGAAGGAGAAAUUCAAGAAGACUUUAGAAAAAAUUCAGUUCAUUUCACCUGGGCAACCAUGGGAGGAAGUUAUGUGUUUUGUUAUGGAAGAUGAAGCAUUCAAAUACAUCACUGAGGCUGAUAGCAAAGAAGUAUAUGGUAGACAUCAGCGAGAGAUAGUUGAAAAAGCCAAAGAAGAGUUUCAGGAAAUGCUUUUUGAGCAUUCGGAACUUUUUUAUGAUUUAGAUCUUAAUGCAACACCAAGUUCAGAUAAAAUGAGUGAAAUCCAUACAGUUCUAAGUGAAGAACCUAGAUAUAAAGCUUUACAGAAACUCGCACCUGAUAGGGAAUCUCUUCUCCUUAAGCAUAUAGGAUUUGUGUAUCAUCCCACUAAAGAAACCUGCCUCAGUGGCCAAUAUUGUACAGACAUUAAAGUGGAGCACUUACUUGCCAGUAGUCUUCUACAGUUGGAUCAUGGCCGCCUACGCUUGUAUCAUGAUAGUACCAAUAUAGACAAAGUUAAUCUUUUCAUUUUAGGGAAAGAUGGUCUUGCCCAGGAACUAGCAAAUGAGAUAAGGACUCAAUCCACUGAUGAUGAGUAUGCCUUAGAUGGAAAAAUUUAUGAACUUGAUCUUCGGCCUGUUGAUGCCAAAUCGCCUUACAUUUUGAGUCAGUUAUGGACUACAGCCUUUAAACCACAUGGGUGCUUCUGUGUAUUUAAUUCCAUUGAGUCACUGAGUUUUAUUGGGGAAUUUAUUGGAAAAAUAAGAACUGAAGCAUCUCAGAUCAGAAAAGAUAAAUAUAUGGCUAAUCUUCCAUUUACAUUAAUUCUUGCUAAUCAGAGGGACUCCAUUAGUAAAAAUCUACCAAUUCUCAGGCAUCAAGGACAGCAGUUGGCCAACAAAUUGCAGUGUCCUUUUGUAGAUGUACCUACUGGUACAUAUCCUCGUAAAUUUAAUGAAUCACAAAUAAAGCAAGCUCUAAGAGGAGUAUUGGAGUCAGUUAAACACAAUUUAGAUGUGGUGAGCCCAGUUCCUAUCAAUAAGGAUGUGUCCGAAGCUGACUUGAGGAUUGUCAUGUGUGCCAUGUGUGGUGAUCCAUUUAGUGUGGAUCUCAUUCUUUCACCCUUCCUGGAUUCUCAUUCUUGCAGUGCUGCUCAAGCUGGACAGAAUAAUUCCUUAAUGCUUGACAAAAUUAUCGGUGAAAAAAGGAGGCGAAUACAGAUCACAAUAUUGUCAUACCAUUCUUCAAUUGGAGUAAGAAAAGAUGAACUGGUUCAUGGGUAUAUAUUAGUUUAUUCUGCAAAACGGAAAGCAUCAAUGGGAAUGCUUCGCGCCUUUCUGUCAGAAGUUCAAGAUACCAUCCCUGUACAACUGGUGGCAGUUACUGAUAGUCAAGCAGAUUUUUUUGAAAAUGAGGCUAUCAAGGAGCUAAUGACUGAAGGAGAACACAUUGCAACGGAAAUAACUGCUAAAUUUACAGCAUUGUAUUCUUUAUCUCAGUAUCAUCGGCAAACUGAGGUCUUUACACUGUUUUUCAGUGAUGUUCUAGAGAAAAAAAAUAUGAUAGAAAAUUCCUAUUUGUCUGAUAACACAAGGGAAUCCACCCAUCAAAGUGAAGAUGUUUUUCUCCCAUCUCCAAGAGACUGUUUUCCCUAUAACAACUACCCUGAUUCAGAUGAUGACACAGAAGCACCACCUCCUUAUAGUCCAAUUGGGGAUGAUGUACAAUUGCUUCCAACACCCAGUGACCGUUCCAGAUACAGGUUAGAUUUGGAAGGAAAUGAGUAUCCGAUUCAUAGCACCCCAAACUGUCACGAUCAUGAACGUAACCAUAAAGUGCCUCCACCUAUUAAACCUAAACCUGUUGUACCUAAAACAAAUGUGAAAAAACUGGAUCCAAACCUUUUAAAAACAAUAGAAGCUGGCAUUGGUAAAAAUCCAAGAAAACAGACUUCCCGGGUACCUAUGCCACAUCCUGAAGAUAUGGACUCUUCAGAUAACUAUGCGGAACCCAUUGACACAAUUUUUAAACAGAAGGGCUAUUCUGAUGAGAUUUAUGUUGUCCCAGAUGAUAGUCAGAAUCGAAUUAUUAAAAUUCGAAACUCAUUUGUAAAUAACACUCAAGGAGAUGAAGAAAAUGGGUUUUCUGAUAGAAUCUCAAAAGGUCAUGGGGAACGUAGGCCUUCAAAAUACAAAUAUAAAUCUAAAACUUUGUUUAGUAAAGCCAAGUCAUACUAUAGAAGAACACACUCAGAUGCAAGUGAUGAUGAGGCUUUCACAACUUCUAAACCUAAAAGAAAAGGAAGACAUCGAGGAAGUGAAGAAGAUCCACUGCUUUCGCCUGUUGAAACUUGGAAAGGUGGCAUUGAUAAUCCUGCGAUCACAUCUGACCAGGAGGUAGAUGAUAAGAAGACGAAGAAGAAACCCCACAAAGUAAAGGAAGAUAAAAAGCAGAAAAAGAAAACUAAGACCUUCAAUCCACCAACACGUAGAAAUUGGGAAAGUAAUUACUUUGGGAUGCCCCUCCAGGAUCUGGUUACAGCGGAGAAGCCUAUACCACUAUUUGUUGAAAAAUGUGUGGAAUUUAUUGAAGACACAGGAUUAUGUACUGAAGGACUAUACCGUGUAAGUGGAAAUAAAACUGAUCAAGACAACAUUCAAAAGCAGUUUGAUCAAGAUCAUAAUAUCAAUCUAGUGUCAAUGGAAGUCACAGUAAAUGCUGUAGCUGGAGCUCUCAAGGCUUUCUUUGCUGAUCUGCCAGAUCCUUUGAUUCCAUAUUCACUCCACCCAGAGCUAUUGGAAGCAGCAAAAAUCCCAGAUAAAACAGAACGUCUUCAUGCCUUGAAAGAAAUUGUUAAGAAAUUUCAUCCUGUAAACUAUGAUGUAUUCAGAUAUGUUAUAACACAUCUGAACAGGGUUAGUCAGCAAAAUAAAAUCAACCUAAUGACAGCAGACAACUUAUCCAUCUGCUUUUGGCCGACUUUGAUGAGACCUGAUUUUGAAAAUCGGGAGUUCCUGUCUACCACUAUAAUCCAUCAAUCUGUCCUUGAAAGAUUCAUUCAACAGUGUCAGUUUUUCUUUUACAAUGGAGAAAUUGUAGAAACUACGAACACUGUGGCUCCUCCCCCACCCACAAAUCCAGGACAAUUGGUGGAGUCAAUGGUACCACUUCAGUUGCCACCACCAUUGCAACCGCAGCUCAUUCAACCACAAUUGCAGACAGAUCCUCUUGGUAUUAUAUAAACAGAAUGUGAUUGCAAAUGGCCUGAAAUUGGACCAAAGCAAAUCUAGCCAUGCAUGGUUGAGGGUUUAGUAGUAUAUUUCAUUUUUCAUAGAGAUAAUCCACAUUCAAAAUGAUGAGACAUUUUCUCUUUGAACUAUGUGGUAUUCCCUGUUAACUUACAUUGCAAACCUAAAAAUGUGGUAAGCAUGACUGGAGAGGUUUAAUUUUUAUAAACAAAAAAUAGUUAUAAAAAUGCAAAGCUGCUGCUGCAUGCAACCUUAUUGCAAUCAGUAUAUCAUUCCUGUGGCGAUUUUUGUCACAUUAUAUUGUGAAUAAAAUUUUUCUAUAGAAAUUAAAUGAUUUAAAACUCAUAUAUGAAAUGUUUAAUGCUUUCAGCCUGCUUUAUGGCUGGUUUUGUUAUUUGAUGUGCUAAUUUGGGAACUUAAUUCACAUUCAAGCAGUCUGUAUAGAUAACUAAAGCCCAGUUAAGUAUUUUAUAAUUUCAGGCUGCUAUGCCAUGCUUGGGAUGUUGUUUGAAAGAAAGAAAAAAAUACAUGUAACAUAUUUCACAUUUCUGCACCUUCAUCUUCUAAGUAAAUCUGUGGAUGAUUUGAUGAGGAGUGAAUGAACCUGUUUCCUGUACUCACAUACCAACGACACACUUGUGGUUAAAGUGAGUGGAUAAUGUGGUGUAAAGGAUGGCUGUCCCCAACUCAUUUCUUUAUGAUCUCUAAUGAAAAAUACAUUUUGUAUACGGUUAAUUCUGUAAACAGAUGCAUGUUCAAAAGAUCUAUGAUGGUCUUGUAAUCUUGAUCUAAUAUAUUUUAGAUAUUUUAAUUUUUCCCUCUUGGGAAAUACAUUUAGUAUAGUGUAGAAAAAUACUUCAUGACAUUUUCAUAUAAGGUUAUAUAACUUUUCAUACAUAAACAUGAAAUUUGUUGUAGAAAAAUUCUUUAAACCAAACAUUUAAUCUAGGACUUCAAUUUAAUCUGUUCCUUGAAUCUAUUUUUAUGUGGCCCUUGAGAGUAUAUCCCAAAAAAAAACCCAUUGCUAAUACAGCAAUAAAAAUACUUUGGGUACUGACAGACUUCUUGGAGUAUGUAUAUAUAAAAUCACAAACAUGUAUUCAUAUUCUUUCUGUGAUAUGUUGUUCUACAGUCCAGAAUGGCUUUUGCACCAUUUUUAAACCAGUUUUCCCCUUUGUUGUUGGUACCAGAGUUGCUAUAAAUGACUGCUGCUUUAGGGGGGUUAAAUAUUUUGUUAGUGGAGAUACAACCAGAACACUAAAUUAUGAUCAAACUUUCUGACUGGAUAACAGGUAAAUUUAGUUGGGCUAUUCAAAAUUAUUUUAUCAAAACCAUAUCAUUUGUUUUACUGGAAAAAGGAAAAUGGUUUGUUUUUACUGCUGGGUCAUAUUUUGUGUAGUAAAGAGAAAAAAUUCUUUGGUCAAUAUUGUAAUCUUUAUAUUUCACCAUUAAGGUUUCCUUAUUUGUAUUAUAGUAAAUCAAUAAUUUUGAGAUUCAAGGCUCCUAAGAGUUUGAUUUGCUCCAUUUUGUCUUAAAAUAAAUAUUCUUUUCCGAUUGUUA